UAAUACACUACAAUUCUGUCUUUUAACCAUGUGUUCUCUUCGCGUGGAGAAGAUGAAAUAAGAAUAAGAAGAAUUAGGAUUUAAUGAGGAAAAGUUCACAAAAGGAAAACUUACAGGAUAACCGACUCGUUGUGAGGAGGUGCUAAAUCUGUACUUGUCUUGAGAAGAGUCAUUCGUGCUUACAACAAAAUCUUAUGACUCUGUACUUCAACCUAAAAAGAUAUUCAUCGAAACAUGUUUUGUGCACUGUUGAUAAUAUUCCUUUUUGAAGAAAUCAUAAGUUCGGAAGAAAUAGAAUACGUAUAUGUUGACAAGAAUAUGAGCUGGAUUGAAGCUAGAAACUUCUGCAAAGAGGAGUUUGGAGCACGUUUGUCGACAUUAGAUCAAACGAAUGUUGGAGCCUUUCAGCAAUCAUGUUUAAGUGGUGAUUUUCAAGAUAUGUGGACGAAUACCUUCAUUUCCUCUACACCAUAUUUGACUGUUGUUGGAUGCUUUUACAUACCAGACAACAAGACUUUCCAUAAUUUAAGUAGUCUUUCCAUAUACGAGUGCCAAUUUCUGUGCAGUAAUUAUUCUAGAUUUGCAAUAAAGUUAAACAAAUGCCUAUGCUUAGAAAGAAAUGAAAUAUUUGGAAAACAGAAACGUGCAAGUAUGUGUAAUAUAUUCUGUGAUGAAGAAACAUUUUGUGGAGGCAUUGAUAACUGGAACAUAUACGAUGUCGCGGAGGACGAACCAGUUCAAAUAAAUGAGCCAUUAAAAUCACAGAAAAUGUCUUGCCUAACCCAUCAGUGUGUAAACAAUCGUAACCUAUUCAGGGAAAGGAAUUGCUUCAACGCCAACGUCUCUGAAGUUUCAUGCGUUGGUUUCUCCUCUUGUACGUUUGAGCCUGGGGAACCUUGUUUUCUGAUUCAGGACAAAGGAAACACUGUUGACUGGAUUGUGAAAACAAGUAUCAAAAAUAGUCGCCCAGAUAAAGCCUAUGAUGGAGCAUAUUUUGCAUACAUAGAAGACAGUGGUUUUACCUUAAAUCAAGAGACCCGUCUCAUUUCUUCCAUUUUUACUUCAGAUUAUAAUUGGUGUUUACGUUUCCGAUACUUCAUCAUAAGUGAUAAUUCCAUAGCAGUUGCAUUAAAAGUUGUUAUCCGCAAGAUUGCCAAAAUGUCUCUCAGCGAUCAGUUUACAUUAGCUCAAACAGAAGAAGAAUGGAGAUAUCAUGAAUUUGACAUAAGAAUGGAUGAAGACUUUACAAUUUUCUUUGAGACCCAAAAAAAAGAGAUGAAAAAGAAUUCCACUAUAGCUAUAGAUGAUGUGACGAUGAUACAGGGGAAUUGCAAUGGACUACUCACUAAACUGCUAUACAUGAAAGGGAAUAUGCAAUGUACUUUUGAAGGAAAUAGAGAUACCUGUUUUGUUCAGGAUGAAUCUAAUGACUUUGACUGGAAAAUUCAAGCAGGAAAAAAAAGGUCAGGAAAUACUGGACCUGUAAGAAGCACUGAGGGGAAGUACUAUAUGUAUAUAAAAGCAUCGGAUAAAGAAACUGGAAAGAGAGCUGUGUUAAUUUCAAAGUUUGAACUAAAUGGUGUCUCUAUUAACAUAAGCAUGCAGUAUAACAUGUAUGGUGGAAACGUAGGACGUCUAAGGUUGUACCUAAAAAACGACAAUAAAACAGAGAUUACAUUACUUGAUUUAAGUGGCGAUCAAGGCAAUUCAUGGAAAAAUUAUACAAACAUCACAGAAGUAACAACAAAAUCAAAGGUUUAUAUAGAAGCAACACGCGGGGAAGCAGCUGAAGGAUAUAUUGCUAUCGACGAUAUACAGUUCAGGAUAAUUUACAACCAUUCAAUUAGGAACUGGAAGAGUGCCAGUCAGAAAUGUAGAAGAAUAAUGGACACAUACCCUGUAGCCAUACAUCAGAUAGAAAACAGCACCUGUUGGCUAGACAGUCCAGAGCAAUGGAUAGGUGUAUUCAAAGCAAGGAAAAUGUAUUCAGGCAAAGACGAUCGUGGAAGAAAUCCUACGUUGGUAGGGCUACUGAGAAGAGCAAACAACAUUACUACUACGGUUUGGGAAGAUUUAGAACUAAAUAAUUCAAGACCAUUUGCUUGCGAAUCAGAAAGAUUGAAUUCAACCCAAAAAUGCAAACCGAAUAUGAAGAAAGGAAAUCUCAAUUUCAACAAUUCUCUAACUGAGGAAUCUAUCGAAACAUUUAUGAUACCUGUCCUCAUUGCUUCUCUAUUCCUCAUUAUUGCAGUCAUUGUUGGGAUAGCUAUUCUUUAUAAACGGAAGAAAAAUAGCGAGAAAAAUGGAAACAUUUCCUCUGUAGAAUUAUCAACUUUAGCAAACACGAGUCGGCAUCAAGAAACAUUGUCUACUGGUAAAAACACAAUGAGUCCCAAACUUUUGGAAGAAGACUACGACCAUCUCCACGACGAAAAGAAUACUAGGACGUCACCAGAUGGAGUCUAUAGUCACAUGUUAGACAAUCAAUACGGUGUACAAGAAAAAGAAUUAUCCAAUGAUACGUAUGACUAUCCCGUAGGCUCGGAAAAUGAAUAUGAAGCAUCACAACGUCACAAAAUUAACAAUAUUAUGACGUCAACGAAAGAUGAUCUUUAUAACCACAUGUUAGACAAUCAGUAUGGUCAAAAAGAAAAUUUAUCUCAUGAUACUUACGACCACGCCAUGAGGUUGGAGGGUGAAUAUGGAGCUCAACGCUGUAAUCAGAAUUUGAAUGAUACAUCCCAGCAGGCACACAACGUUGUUUAA